AUGUUUUAUAUGGAACCAUCCAAGAAUAGAAAGUUCAACAGUUCUUUUGCCAAGAAUGUUAGUGGUAGUGACCAAAUGAUGUCUGGUAGAGAUUUGUUCAAGAAUGAAAGACCUAUUAAGGUUGAUGGCAAGGUCAUGAUAGCAGCUAACAAUUCUUUCAAUGUUGGUAUCAUAGAUAAGGCAUUGAAGAGUCGUUUGUGUGUUAUUCCAUUCAUGUCAGAGUUUGUCCAGAACCCUGAGGUCAUUCAGCGUAACAAGAAAUAUGUUCACAAGAUGGAUGUAUCACUAAUGGACAAUUUCAGAGAGCUUAGCACAUCUCUUGCAAGAAUUCUUUUAUUGUCUUUCUUUCGUAUCUACAAGGAAGAAGGGCUAGUCAAGCCAAGGAAGAUUAGUAGUGCAACAAAGGAUUUUAUUCAUAAGGGAGAUCCAGUAUAUCGAUUUAUGCAUGAGUGUACAACAUAUGAUACCACAACAAAAGGUGAUACCACUAGUGAUGUGCUCUACAAUCAUUAUAUCAAUUGGUAUUCCAAAUACUAUCCUGGCAAAAAGUCUAUGGACCUUGUUGAAUUCAAGAGUGAGCUUGAUGCCAAAGGAUACAAGAUCAAUGCAAAGGAUAUUGUUGUUGGAGUCAUUGAGCUUGACAACUUCUAA